AUACGACAUUUUCCCUCGGUCUUAACGUUUACUUCUUUAGUCGCGAAAGUAGACUGAUGCAAUCCACCGCGUGUAUUGUCAGUAGUGUUGGCGCAACAUUGUUUCAAAGAGAACAAUUUGAAGACCUUGUUUUUAGAAUAAAACAAUUUUCUACGACUGUUUAACACCACACUUUUAAUUUUUAGAUUUUGUUUUAGUUUUUUUCAACCGGUUUAACCUGCCAUUUGAGCGCGCAAUCAGCUGAUACGCAAGUCAGCUAAGAUCACCGUAAAAAGAGUAGAAACUGGUAACUUAAUAUGUUGUGACCAUUGUGGAAAAAUCGUUGAAACCCUUUUCUACAUUUACCGAAUGGCGCGACUUGGCUCAUUUUCGUGUUAUAUAGGCUUUCAUUCAUUGUUUUGGUUGUACCAUCCGUUAGAGGUGGCGAGUUCAAGGCGUGGAGUGCUCGUAAGGUUGCUUUCAAAGACCCUCCCAGAGCGUCAUAAUUUCCCGUCCCUCUUGAGUUACUCUCCAGCAAAACAAAAAAAAAAUUAAAAAUUCAUCAGCUCUGAUCUUCUGCACGAGUCCAACACACAACGCCGCAGUGCACAUUAAGUUUUCCGCUUUCAUACGUCAGUCGAUGCAGGUACAUGAUGUAACGUGCGCGGACGAUUGCGGCGUGUCCGAUAUCAGAAAAGGCAACUUGCCACCACGCGAGAGCUCGAUCGGAGCCACGUAGCUAACGUUAGCUUGCGAUUUAGCCCGUAACAGAUCAAGCAGAUGUCCAGAUAACCCCGUAAAUGAAGCAUGGUGUGCGCCGCUUGUCUUGCUUCUACAAAACGCUCUGACCACAGACUUGCUACUUCCUCCUGUGUCUGCUUGAGUGAUCGUUGCACAACCCAACACCCGAGGACCAAGCGCACGAACGACUCCGCUCACCUGCCUCCAGCGAAAAGACUUCGCCGAGUGUUGUUCAUCUGUGUCAGCUGUGCACACGCCCACUCUAGAAGCCUUUAAAACACACAGCCUGGUUCAACUCCCACACUUGAUCACAGCGAAUAUGGCCAACAAGCUGUCCAACGUUGGCAAGAUGCUGCUGCGCCGCAGAGCUCUGGACUGCUCCGGGGACGAGACCCGCUUCGCCCGCUGCCUCUCCACCCUGGACCUCAUUGCCUUGGGCGUGGGCUCCACGCUCGGCGCCGGCGUCUACGUCCUCGCUGGCGAGGUGGCGCGGGAAAAGGCCGGGCCGGCUAUCGUCCUCUGCUUCCUCAUCGCCGCCCUGUCCUCCAUGUUGGCCGGCCUGUGCUACGCCGAGUUCGGAGCCCGUGUCCCCAAGACGGGCUCCGCGUACCUGUACAGCUACGUGACUGUGGGCGAAAUCUGGGCCUUCAUCACGGGCUGGAACCUCAUCCUCUCAUAUGUCAUAGGUACGGCCAGUGUAGCCAGGGCUUGGAGCUCGAACUUCGACAACCUGGUAGAACAAAAGAUUUCUGGUUUCUUCCAAACCCACAUGACGAUGCAGGUGCCGGGUGACGUGCUGGCAAAGUACCCGGACCUGUUCGCUCUCAUCCUGGUCCUAUUGCUCACUGGACUCCUGGCUUUUGGUGUGAGCGAGUCUGCGCUGGUCAAUAAGAUCUUCACCUGCAUUAACCUGGUGGUUCUGGGCUUCGUUAUCAUCUCCGGCUUCGUUAAGGGGAACACUGAUAACUGGAAGCUCGAAGAGAAAGACUACCUGGACUACAUAAACAGGACCGCUACGACCGCCACAAACGCUACCAACUCUACGAGCAUAAACUUUGGCACUGGUGGCUUUGCUCCAUUCGGCCUCGAGGGAGUCCUGUCUGGUGCCGCCACCUGCUUCUAUGCCUUCGUGGGCUUUGACUGCAUCGCCACAACAAGUGAAGAAGCAAAGAACCCCAUGCGUUCCAUUCCCAUCGGCAUCGUGGCCUCGCUGCUGAUCUGUUUCUUCGCCUACUUCGGCGUGUCUGCUGCCCUCACCUUGAUGAUGCCGUAUUACGAGCUAAACACCAAAAGUCCUCUGCCCGAGGCCUUCAGCUACGUCGGCUGGGCCCCGGCCAGGUACAUCGUGUCCGUGGGGUCUCUCUGCGCUCUGUCCACCAGUCUGCUGGGCUCCAUGUUUCCCAUGCCUCGAGUUAUCUACGCUAUGGCGGAAGACGGGCUGCUGUUCCGUAUCUUGUCCAGGAUGAACGAUCGGACAAAGACUCCGCUCCUUGCAACCAUUGCUUCUGGUGUUGUUGCAGCCCUCAUGGCCUUCUUGUUCGACCUGGGAGCCCUGGUUGACCUCAUGUCCAUUGGAACCUUGCUUGCAUACUCUUUAGUGGCCAUCUGCGUCCUCAUUCUCAGGUACCAGCCGGGCACCCUGAAUUCGUCCAGCCAGAUGGAGAAGCUGGUGGAGCUGGUGGAAGGAGAGAAGGUGGCCGUCAACGGCGGGGACAGCGGUGACGAGUACGGCACGGAGAUGGAGGAGAUGCCGCUGCACGAGACCUUCACGCUCAAGCUGCUUUUCUGCCCGAGCAGGAAGACCCCAACGCAGACCUCUGGGAAAAUAGUCUACGCCACCACAGCCGUUGUCUCUGUUCUUAUCACCAUACUUUGCAUUAUCCUGGCCAACGGUCAGACAGAGCUGCCGAAGGGGAAUGUUUAUGUUAUCGUGCCCUGUGUCAUUUUCACCUUGCUCUGCGGCGUCUGUUUCAUCAUCAUCGCCAGGCAGCCCGAGAGCAAAGAGAACCUCACCUUCAAGGUGCCCCUUCUUCCUUGGCUGCCCCUGUUCAGCGUUUUUGUCAACAUCUACCUCAUGAUGCAGCUGGACAUGGGUACAUGGAUACGCUUCACCGUCUGGAUGAUCAUUGGUUUUGCCAUCUACUUCUUGUAUGGUAUUAGAAACAGCAGUGAAGCUGCCAGCACAUCGCCCCCUCGCAAAUAUGAGCCCGCACCACAGACCAAGAGCCCAAUUUACAAGGGGGCUCCUGACGACAGCGACCUGGAAGCAGGGAGCAGCCCCUGAUGGGGACUGGCACCGACCCGGGAAGUGUUAGCACAACACCUACACCUGCUUUGUCAAUCUGGUUAAACUGAAACCUCAGACGUAGCCCUGGGUUUGAAGUCAAGAAAAUGCCACACACACACACACACACACAUCAUACCUCUGACUUUGAGGCUGAUCAUCUCGAUGGCUAGAGAUUGUGAUGGAGCCAUUAUUAUGGCCUGUGUGUUCUAAUGUGGUCCGUUUUGGUUUUUUAUAGCCUUAGCCCUUUACCUGCCUAUAACACACGCUUGACCAGAGUACCUCCAUUCUCUCUCUAGUUUAAUUUCUCACAGUAUGAAGCUGUAAAUUGGAAAAAAUGUUGCUCUCUGGUGUUUUCCAUUUUCGUGUUAUUUCAGUUACGAGUGAGCCGCAACUACGUGUCCACUAUGAGAUGAAAACAACUAUAAUGACAAAAAACAAGACUUGAACCAGUAAGUUUACAAUCAGACCAGCGACCUAGCUUUCAACAUAUUCAAAGAACACCUGAUAAAUGAACAGCUAUUCAUUGGAUAUAGCCUGUUUACAGCCUCAGUCAGGGCCUCAGGGCCCAUAGGUCAAGGAGCUUGUGGUCAAGGUUGCUCUUCAGUAUCUUAGGCUUGAAGUAUGCUUUACAGCUUUUAACACACUAACGCCCUUGUGCUCCUCAGCUCUCAGAACAGCCAUCAAUUUAAAACUGUCAUUCAUUGUGAAUGUCAUUCACAAGUCUAAACUUCAUCUUAACCUAGACUGAAUAACUACACAGAUUUCAAUAAUCACCCAAAAGGCCGACAAAGCUGUUGUCUCUUAACUGUGAAGGUUUGGAUUUCAGCCUUCAGAUGAGGUCUGAGGUUGGUACAUGUGGUUGGAUUUAUUAACAGGAAAUAAGUUAAUAGAUCAAAUACUGAUUUUAAACACCCAGUUCACAUGCGAUGUAUUGUUUCUGCCGAAUCCAUUGUGUUGUCUGGGAGCUGGGGGUCCGUUCCUAAACAAGGGCUCUCUAAUCGCCACUAAGUUGCUAUUUUAUUUUUUUGUACUUCCUUGUGAAAAAGAAAAGGUUUUUCAGGUUCACAAAGGUUUUUGUUUAGUUUCAUUUGAAACUUGUUCUUGGCAGCUUUGUCUGUUGAGGUCCCAUCACUUUUUAUUUUUUCUACUUUGUUUAUUUGUUCAUAGAACUUGUUAAUAUUUAACUGUUCAUAGUAUUAUUGGUUUAAAGGUGUGUUUUUGCUUUCAGUUAGUCAGAUAAUGCUCUUUAGUUUUUAUGUAUUUUAAUCGCAUUGUGUACAGUUUUAGUGCUGAUCGUUGUAUUUUUGUCCUUCUUUUAUGACCGAAUGAACAUAUUAUUGGAAACAGAGCUUUCAAUAAGAAACGACCACUUGGUCCAAAUUGUGUAAUUUUGAAUGUUUUGCCCAAAUCCUAUGGAGUCAUAACUUAUUGUGAAUAUUACUUUUAUGAUGAAGUGCUUUACUGCAGAAUGUACAGUACCCAUUGAAGUACCUAUUUGUAUACAGCUGUAAAUGAUAUCAAAGGACCUUGUUAAAUAUGACCAUAACUAUAAUUUGGUGAGUGAUUGUGUCUAAGACAUAUAAUUCUGCUGGAGAAACACAAAAUGUGCAACUCAAAAAGUCACUGCUGAAACAUUGCAGUGGAUUAAAACUACGGAGGUUUUAAAGCUGAUGCUCAUUGAGGAACCUUGAGGGACAAACUGACAUAUUAUUACGCGUCAACCAAACAAAGGGGUUCAUUUCCCUUUUGUGCGACGUGGCUGUUACUCGGACGGAGCUUCUCAAAUUCAGCAUUUGUGCCUUCAUAUUUAAAAAUAAUGCUCCUCUCCCCUCAAUGAUCUAUUUUUGUCUGUUUUAUACCCUGUACAUAUGUCUGUCCUGUACAAAAACAGAUGAAUUGUCAAUGUUUUUUUAAUAAAAUAUAAUUGUGAAAAAGUGGAA